AUGAUUAGUUUGGUGGUGCGGUCGAUGAGAGGCGCCCGUAUGGCGUCUAUAAGACCAUCUAUUGCCAGACAACCCGUGCUCUCCAUGGGUCAAAGAUUUUACGCCGACAACAAGAAGUCUGAUAACAUUUUGGAUGACGACCUUCUUGCCAAGGCAGGAAUCGACUCGGACGCUCCCAAACAGGAGCCAAGAAAACAACAAUUGAACGAGGACGAGUUUGGCCAGCCUCGGAAGAGAAAGAACAACGUCAAGUCCACCUUGGACAAGAAGAAGGACAGAUUGGCCAAGCUGUUCUGGUUCUCGAUUUUGGGAGCUGGUGUUGCCGGAGGUGCUUACAAUUGCAGAGAGUGGGACCAAGAAGAGGAGAAAGACUUAUACAAUGCAGAGGAGAACGGCUGGGCCCCUGGAAAUGUUUGGACCAGAUUCAGAAAGAGAAUGUGGGGCGUCACAAACGUCUUCACCGAGCCUGCAUUCACCGAUCUUUUGCCCCCACCUCUUCCACAGCCUUAUAGACAUCCUUUGACCCUUGUUCUGGAACUCGACGAUUUGCUUGUGCAUGCCGACUGGGACCACAAGAAGGGCUGGAAAACUGCCAAGAGACCCGGCGUGGAUUACUUUUUGGGAUAUCUGUCUCAAUACUACGAAAUUGUGAUUUUCUCCAGAUCGUCCAUGGCCUUUGCUGAAACCACGGUCACCAAGUUAGACCCAUAUCACGCCUUUGUUUCUUACUCCUUGUUCCGUGAGGCCUGCAGGACCAAUGACGGCAAGGUCAUUAAGGAUUUGAGUUUGAUGAACAGAGACCUGGCCAAGCUGGUUAUUAUCGACCCUGAUGAAGAUUGUUACUCCAUGCAACCAGAAAACGCAAUUCCUAUUGACAAGUGGGAUGGUAAGAGAGACGACAAACUGGUUAGAUUGAUUCCGUUCCUUGAGUACUUGGCCACUCAACCAGUCAAGGACGUCAGACCUGUUUUAGCUUCUUUCAAAGAUCGGAAAAAUAUUCCCCAAGAAUUUGCUGAAAGAGAAGCCAAAUUGAGAGAACAAUGGGAGAAGGACCAAAAAUCCGUCAACGGAUCCUCUCUUGCUUCGUCUCUGCUUGGUAUCUCCCAACUCAGACCAAGAAAGAUGCCUUUGGACGUGAUCAGAGAGCACGGCCAAAGAAACUACCUCAACAUGUACAAUUAUCUCAAAGAGAAUGGUGAGAAAUUGCUCCAAGAAGAACAACAGAAGACUAAGGAAUUGUUAGCUGACCAAAACUUGACUCUCGAGAAGAUCUUCACUGAAGGAAUGCCUACCGCUGAAGACAUUGCCAAACAACAAGCUGCUGCACAAGCUGCUGAGGGCCAAAAGAAAUGA